AAAACGCAGACGGAACAAUAACAAAUGCUUGGAUGAAAUAAGUUAACGGUUCUUCUAACAGUGAACAAAACCAUAUUAUGACAACGCAUUUGAAGCAGUAGUUUCCAUUUCAUUGCAAAAAUAAGAUGGAGAAUUUCCAGAAGAUCGAAAAGAUUGGCGAAGGGACAUACGGCGUGGUUUAUAAAGCAAGAGACAAAUUGACAAAUCGUCUGGUUGCUUUGAAGAAAAUUCGUUUGGAUGCUGAAUCUGAAGGUGUUCCAAGUACUGCCAUUCGAGAAAUAUCACUCCUGAAGGAACUUGAUCAUCCCAAUGUUGUCAAAUUGCUUGACGUGGUGCACAGUGAGAAGAAGCUGUACCUGGUGUUUGAGUAUCUCAACCAGGACCUGAAGAAGUACAUGGACAGUGCUCCACCUGCUGGGCUGUCACUCGACUUGGUCAAGAGCUACCUGUACCAGCUGCUGCAGGGCAUUGGUUACUGCCACGCCCACAGAGUUCUUCACAGAGACUUGAAACCUCAGAACCUGUUGAUAGACGUGGAUGGCAAUAUCAAGCUAGCGGAUUUCGGUUUGGCCAGGGCGUUCGGUGUUCCAGUUAGAACUUACACACAUGAGGUUGUCACACUUUGGUAUAGAGCACCAGAAAUACUCCUGGGAAGCCGCUUUUAUUCCACGCCAGUUGAUGUCUGGAGUUUGGGUUGUAUUUUUUCAGAAAUGAUUACACGAAGAGCUCUUUUCCCGGGAGAUUCAGAAAUCGAUCAGCUGUUCAGAAUUUUUAGAACUUUAGGAACCCCUGAUGAGACUGUGUGGCCAGGAGUUUCACAGUUACCAGACUUUAAAUCAACAUUUCCAAGAUGGCCGCAGCGAAAUGUUGGAUGUGUCGUACCUAUUCUGUGUGAAGAGGGAAUUGAUUUGAUAACAAAAAUGCUAGCAUAUGAACCCAGCAAGAGAAUCUCAGCAAAAGCUGCCUUGACUCAUCCUUACUUCGCAGGAGUGGCGCUGCAGAAGCCGAUACUGAUCAAAUAAGGGAACUGGAAAAUCCUCUAAAAGCGGUGUUCUCAUUAUGCGAUUUGUUGUGAGAAAUAGGACAUGUUCUAAUCGGUACGACUCCGACACGACUUAGGUGUUCUCACAGUACGAUUCGAUCGCAUGCGACAAAUCGGUGCGACUAAUCGCACAAUGAGAAGGCUGCCAAAGGAAUGUUUUUGCAUUGUUGUGAAGAGAGCUCAGAAUAUGCUGCAUUUAUCAUUGUAAUCAAAAGUUACAUUUGUUGUUGUAAUCAAAAUUUACAACAUUUAUCAUUAUUAUAAUCGAAAUUUGCAACAUUUAGAUUUCUUCUCAUAAAGCUGUCCCAACAUUUAGGAUUGUGAUAAAAUCUGCUUCAGAAAAAACCUUGAAAUGGGUUGCAAUGGAUUCUUUUCUCUGUGAACUUAAGAUUUUGAUGGUGCUGUAACAAUGGAAACUAACAUAUGUAUUUUGUAUGUUGAGAGAGAAAGAGAGAAUGAAUGACUUCUAUAUGAGUGGCUAACUUUGCUACAUACUCUUUGCCCAGGGUUUCUGCCAGAGGAUAAAACGGGUAUGGUGCCAUACCCAAAUUUUUAUUUUUUUUAAGUUAACAUUUUGACAAAAUUAAUGACUUAUCAUUAGUGUAUGAUUUUCUUAAUAGUAAAUCUAAAUGUAACCCAUUUUCUUUGUGGGGGAGGCCCCCCAUACCCCAUACCCCCUGUUGAUUGUGAUUGCAUUCAAUUUCAUAUCGCCAUACCCAAAAAUUUCUUUCUGGAAGAAACGCAGUUGCCGUAUGAGCUAAACUGCAAUUUUAUUAUUUCGAAAUUUGUCCUUAGCACACACACACACACAUAUACACUCACACACACACACACACACAAUUUUAAAACCCACUUUACAUAGUUUUAUUCCAUCAGGAUCUACGUGGUGCAGUUCUGUAUAAAGACCAACAUAGAGCCAUUGCUUAUGCUAGUCUGGGAUUAAACAAGGCCGAGAAGAAGUAUCCUGUGCUUUGGCAUUAACGCAGUGUUUGACAAAUAUUGGAGAAAGUCACUAGCCCUCACAGAAGCUUUGGCUAGCCAGGGCCGUAGCUAGGAUUUUUUAUUUUGGGGGGCAACUGAGUAGUUAAUAGGGUCUAAAACUUCUUGAAUGGUUAAGAAGAGAAAUUGUUUUCAAGUUUCUAUAAUUUUUUCUAGAUUUUUCUGUCCCCCCUGCUAGCUACGGCCCUGCUAGUGGCCCAUGUUUUAAAGUAAUACAGUGGAUAAUUUCCACUAGCCCAGACUAAAAAUUCACUAGCCAGAACUGAGGCCUAGUGGAUUGGUCAAACCCUGAUUAAAGUAGAUAUGCUUGGCAUUUAGGGAUCUUUCAUUUUAGGAUUCUGCUGAAAUCAUUUAAAAAAAAGAAGAAGGAUAUAAUGUUUUUACUUUUGGAUUCCAUCUCAUAAUUAUAUGCUUCCGGUCCAAAAUCCGAAAAUGUGGAAGCACACAAUCCUGCUACAUUUGUAGCCCAGUAGACAUUCCUUUCAUUUGUGUUAAAAUUUGUGACGUUUCAACAAUCAAUUAUAAUCGAAACUUGAUCGGUUUGGCUCUACCGAUAUGAUGAUCGAUUAUAAAAAUCCAUAAUCGAUUGUGUGGGAAAAUGUUAACUAUAACAGUUCUUCCAAUUUAGAUUAUAGAAUAUAUUGUAAAUAUGAUUGGGUUUGGGUUUGUUUUGAUGUGUAUCUCAAGAAAAAAUAUAUUAAAUAGUUAUACGGUAAAAUUAGUAAUUUGAAGCGUGAACACAAGAGGUGCGUGGUCCUUAUUUGUAUUUUAUUAGCCAAAUACCAAAUGUUGUAGCCAGUUUGUAUAAAAAUUAUCAAUUGACUAAUUGGAGACAAUAGUCCGUGAGUCACCUAGUAAAAACAAUCACUCUGCGUUGUUAAAGGGACAUUCUCAUUAUGCGACUAGUAGCAAGAACUGUAGUAAACUUAUAUUGUGCGAAGAUGUUACGUCGAAAUAUUCGAUGACGUCAAACAAACCUAGUCACUUUUAUUUAAAACAUUUUGUGGGAAAUAUAAGUACAUACAAAUUUUCCAUAGAAAUAAUAAACAAAAAUGCAUGUACAAAACGUACUAAUGGUAUUAUUUAAUUAAAAAGUUUUUACCCAUUUUGGACAAUAAUAAAUUUUAUAGACCCAUGAAAUCUGGACAUUCUGACAUUUGCAUACAAAACAUAAAACCACGAAGUGACAAAACUCUUGAUUGUUGUUCUCUAAGGUGAGUUGAUUUGCUAAGAUCUUGCGAUUUGUAGUAAGGAAUUAUUACGACUCCGACACGUGUCGUAUAAGACUGAUGUUGUUACGAUUUAGAUAUUCUCACAGUUCGAUUCAAUCAGAUGCUACAAGUCGGUGCGACUAGUUACAUGUAUAUAAUGAGAAUGCCCUUUAUAAGAUUAUUCUGUGAAAAGGUAGUCUACAGCUAUUAUUGGUGUUUCGUAGAACCAAAAAUAUUUAAUUUGAGCUUGGACAAAGCUUUACUUUUGUUAUUAUUUGUAUACAUAGAUAUGUGAUAUGUGUGUCUUGUACAAAGGCAAAUAUGUUUGUUUUGUUAUUUAUUAUUUUUAUGCUAUUUUACAUGCUUCAUGUACCUGCAGUUGAUUUUCUGUGUCCACUAUUUCUGAUCUGUAAUCCAUACUGUAUAAACAUGGUACAUGAUACAUUAAA